AUGAGUUCCCCCAUCAGCACGGGCCGCUCCCUGGUCGCCUUCCUGCGGCAGCUGCGGGGCCUCAGGCAGCCCCCGCGACCCGUGACAUCCGCGGCGUGCGCGCCCUCUCGGCCGCGGGAAGUGCCCCUCUGCCCUCUGAUGGAACGUGGCGAGGCGCAGAGCGCAGCCUCCCUGCCGGGCCCCACGAACUGGCCACUGCUGGGCAGCCUGCUGGAGAUUCUCUGGAAAGGGGGGCUCAAGAAACAGCACGACACACUGGUAAAUGCCUCGGAAGGGGAAGACUGGCAGAGGGUCCGGAGUGCCUUUCAGAAGAAACUCAUGAAACCAGGGGAAAUUAUGAAGCUGGACGACAAAAUCAAUGAGGUCUUGGCUGAUUUUAUGGGUAGACUGGAUGAGCUCUGUGAUGAGAGAGGCCGCAUUGAAGACUUAUACAGCGAGCUGAACAAAUGGUCGUUUGAAAGCAUCUGCCUUGUGCUCUACGAGAAGAGGUUUGGGCUCCUUCAGAAGAACACCGGGGACGAAGCUUUGAACUUCAUCAUGGCCAUCAAAACAAUGAUGAGCACCUUCGGGAGGAUGAUGGUCACCCCAGUCGAGCUGCACAGGAGCCUCAACACCAAGGUCUGGCAGGCCCACACGCAGGCCUGGGACACCAUCUUCAGAUCGGUCAAGUCUUGUAUCGACCACCGGUUAGAGAGGCACGCGGAGCGGCCCGGCGCCGAUUUCCUCUGUGACAUUUAUCGCCGCCAUCGGCUCUCGAAGAAAGAGCUGUACGCCGCUGUCACCGAGCUCCAGCUGGCCGCGGUGGAGACGACAGCGAACAGCUUACUGUGGAUUCUCUACAAUUUAUCCCGUAAUCCCCACGUGCAACGAAAGCUCCUUGAGGAAAUUCAGAGCGUACUGCCUGCGAAUCGGGGGCCGCGGGCCGAGGACCUGGGGAAGAUGCCGUAUUUAAAGGCCUGUCUGAAAGAGUCCAUGAGGCUCACCCCCAGCGUGCCCUUUACGACGAGAACUCUCGACAAGGCGACGGUUCUGGGUGAAUAUGCUUUACCCAAAGGAACAGUGUUGAUGCUAAAUACCCAGGUGUUGGGGUCCAACGAAGAAAAUUUUGAAGAUCCCCAUCAGUUUAGACCCGAACGAUGGCUUCAAGAGAAAAAGAAGAUUAACCCUUUCGCACACCUCCCUUUCGGCGUCGGGAAGAGAAUGUGCAUCGGUCGCCGGUUAGCUGAGCUCCAGCUCCACUUGGCCCUUUGCUGGAUCGUUCGCAAAUACGACAUCGUGGCCACAGACCAUGAGCCCGUGGACAUGCUGCACUUAGGCAUCCUGGUGCCCAGCCGGGAGCUCCCCGUCGCCUUCCGGCAGCGAUAA